CGAUUCAUCAUCUGUCAUUACACCUAACAUUUCCAAAAUCUGAACUUCAAUUCCACCACAAACCCUAACUCAAUCUCCAAAAUCACUCGAUCGAUUAGCGGAUCGAAAAUUUCCCCCAAUCGCAGUGGUAGGUUUUCUCGUAGUGAAGUCAUAAAUGGCGGGGGUAUCAUUGAAAUGUGGAGACUGCGGAACGCUGUUGAAGUCGGUGGAGGAAGCGCAGGAGCACGCGGAGUUAACCAAACACACCAAUUUCGCCGAGUCCACCGAGCCCGUGCUUAAUCUAGUCUGCUCCGACUGCAGCAAGCCUUGCCGCUCGAAAACCGAGAGAGAUCUGCACACUAAGAGGACAGGGCACACUGAAUUUGUGGACAAGACUUCAGAGGUAACAAAGCCAAUAAGUUUGGAGGCUCCAAAGCUUAAGGAUGAUGUGGAUAUGGAAGAAGCAGGCGAUGGCAGUACUAGUCAACAAGAAGAAAUGGUAGUUCCUGAAGUCAAUCAGCAGCUAUUCUCAGAGCUUGAGGAAAUGGGAUUUCCUAAAGAAAGGGCAACUCGUGCACUUCAUUACUCUGGCAAUAGUAGCCUUGAGGCUGCUGCAAAUUGGAUAGUCGAACAUGAGAAUGACCCGGAUAUCGAUCAAAUGCCACUGGUACCUGUCAAUUCGAAAAAACCUGUUCCAAAGCCAUCCCUCACACCGGAAGAGAUUAAGCAGAAACAACAAGAAUUAAGGGAACGGGCUCGCAAAAAGAAGGAAGAGGAAGAAAAACGAAUGGAAAGAGAAAGAGAGAAGGAAAGAAUUAGAGUGGGGAGAGAGCUGCUUGAAGCAAAACGCAUUGAAGAAGAUAAUGAAAGAAAACGUAUACUUGCACUGCGGAAAGCAGAGAAACAGGAAGAACAAAGAGCUAGGGAGAAAAUUCGUCAAAAGUUGGAGGAAGAUAAGGCAGAGAGACGUAGAAAACUUGGGUUGGCCCCAGAAGAUCCAGCUGUUGUAAAGCCUUCUGCUCCACCGGUGGAGGAAAAAAAGAGCUUCUUGCCUAUCCGCCCAGCUACAAAGGCAGAGCAGAUGAGAGAGUGCUUAAGAACCCUUAAACAAACUCACAAGGAGGAUGAUGCAAAAGUGAAGACCGCUUUCAACACACUUUUAACUUUCGCAAAAAAUGUUGCAACAAAUCCAGGCGAGGAGAAAUUCCGCAAAAUUAGACUCACCAAUGCUACUUUUCAGGAUCGAGUUGGAAAACUGAAAGGAGGCAUUGAAUUUCUCGAACUUUGCGGAUUUGAGAAAAUCGAAGGGGGCGAAUUCUUGUAUCUACCACGAGAGAAAGUUGACAUCCCGGUGCUUCACUCUGCAGGAAGCGAGUUAAACAGUGCCAUCAAUAAUCCUUUCUUCGGAGUUCUUUGAAUCUUAUGCACUUUAACAUAGGCUCGUGUUUAUCAUCCAUGUUUUACCAAUAUACCUAUCACUUCAGAUCAUGGUUCGCGGGAACGGAUUUUCCUAUGGGUUUUUUCGUGCUAUAAAGCUACUGCAGUAUAAUUACAACCAGUUCUUCGAUUUUACUUA